CAGAGCGUCGCGCUGCAGAGAAACGACAACGAGUCAAAAGUUUAAAUUUAUUAUAAUAAGUUUCAGUUUCAGUGUGAAGUUAGUUUGUAGAGAGAUGCAGCUGUGCGUGUUUGUGCUGUCGGUGUGUGUGCUGCUGUGUCCCGGUGUGGCUCAGGACUGCAGCUGGGACCGGAGCACCGAGCCCCGCCAGAGUUUGGACCCGGCCUCGCUGCGCGCCGGAGCGGUCCAUCUGACCGGCAGCAGCGACGUGUCUGACCCGGACAGCUGCCGGGCCUCCUGCUGCGCUGAGCCGGCCUGUGACCUGGCUCUGGUCGGCUUCCCCAUGGACGGAGCCCCGCAGUGCACGCUGGUGAGCUGCGGGAAGCACCGGGACGCGUGCGUGCUGCGGCCCGACACGCAGUUCAAAGUUUACCGCAAGAAGCAGGAGAGUGAGACCAGCAGAGACGCACCGCAGGCCGGGGAGAGUCUGCACAUAGAGCCGCUGCUGGGGGAGACCCGGAGCAACCACACCGACCACGUGCGCUGCCGCCUGCCGAUGAGGGUCGGUCUUUGCCGCGCCUCCUUCCCCAAGUUCUACUACGACGUGACCAAUCAGAGCUGCCGCAGGUUCGUGUACGGCGGCUGCGGCGCCAACGGCAACAACUUCGACUCUCAGGAGGAGUGCGAGGCGGCCUGCAGCGGAGUCACAGGUUCGGUCCUCCCUGAUGAGUCGUCUCCUGCUCCUCCUGGAGUUCCUGUCAAAUCCCCUCGCAUGGCUCCGGCCUUCAGCUCAGAUGUGGCUCAGGAAUCUGCUGCUCCAGCUGAAACUAAACCAACAGAGACCCAACAUGCUGAGAAGAAAGAAAUGCAGGCUGAUGAAUUUGCUGAGCUGUGCGGGGCGGAGCCUGUGGUGGGUCCGUGCAGGGCGGCGUUUCAGCGCUGGUUCUACAGCAGCAAGACGGGCGGCUGUCAAUCAUUCGUCUACGGCGGCUGCCAAGGAAACAAGAACAACUACAAGAACCAGGAGAGUUGCAUGUCUACCUGUGCAACAGUCAAUGUGCUGCCGUCCAAGAAAGCUUCAUCUGACGAGCCGGCCGGCACAGAGUCCACAGAACACUGUUUGGCCCCCCGGGACUCGGGCCCCUGCCGCGCCGCCUUCCCCGCCUUCUACUACAACACCGACACUGGCAGCUGCCUGCCGUUCCUCUACGGCGGUUGUCAGGGCAACGGCAACCGUUUCGCCACCGCGGACGAGUGCAUGGCUAGCUGCAGCGGAGAAGGAUCCUUCGAGGGUCGUGGCCGAACUCGCAACCGCUGGACUGCAGCGUUCUUCCUCUUCGUCACUCUGGCGGCCAUCAGUGCUCUCCUGCUGACGACGCUCGUGGUGAUCACGCUGAGACGUCACGGCCUGUCCCGCCGUCCGUCCUCCGUCAGUGACAAAGAGGAGCUGCUGCAGGAUCCAGAUGAGCAGUCCUCUGUGGAGUCUCUGACCGUCCCAGAGAGCCCAAAGCUGGAGAAGGCCUGAGGAGGGGACCUUGCUUCACCCUGGGGGGUCUGCAGAUGGUCCAGAGGGGCCUCAGACCUCUGAUUCUUAAACACUGUUGUUAUAUCUGAGACUUCUUAAAGUGUCUGCAAUGUGAAGGAAAGACAAAACAAACCAAAAUAUUAGGAAACAUGAUGAAAUAAUAAAUACAAAGAUGUGACUCUGAGCUGUGACACGUUAAAGGAUCAUUCUGCUAAUUCUUUUAUAUUUGGAUCCAAACCAACAAAGAACUGAUCUACUAACAAGCUUUAUGUGUGUAUCAAAGUCGGAUAUAUCUGAUUCCUCUGUUGUUGUUUAAAAACUACUAAAACCAUGCCACAGUCUUCAAAAUAAAGGACCAAAAUCUUCAAAAUAAAGCAACAAAAUCUUCAAAAUAAAGGACCAAAGUCACCCAGUGCAGCAACCACUGCAUUGGGUGACAUGUUACUUUUAUUUUGAAGAGUUUUGGUCACGUUAGCUUUUUUAGAAACGGAAACAAAGAGAGUAAUUCUACGUAAGGCGCAGACGCUACUGAGCAUGUGCAGUAACAAGGUAGCUUGUUACGCUUCAUAUCACAACUUCAGUAUAAACUCCAGAGGUUGUGAUCUGAAGCUCAACAAGCUACAACGUUACUGCACAUGCUCAGUAGCGUCUGCGCCUUACACAGAACUACUCUCAGAGACUCAAAACAUGAUCAUUGUUAUUAGUCUUUGUUUCUGUUUCUAAUCAAAUUAACGUGACCAAACUUUUCAAAAUAUAGGAACAUGUCACCCAGAGUUUGUACCUUUUUUUGUGGCAUGGCAACAACACUAGAAUAAUAAGAUAUAUCAGACUUUGAUUCACACACAGUGCUUGUUAGUAGAUCAGUUUUUUGUUGGUUUGGAUCCAAAUAUGAAGUUAUCAAAGCUAACAGAGUCUCUGCUUCACUACAAACAUCAUCAAUCUGUUACAAUUUUUAAACAAACUUAAGAAAAUAUGUUUAUUAGCUUGUUUUGAGGAGUGAUAUCGAUAUCGACGUCUGUGUACAACAAGUUUAAAAUCCACCUAGCAGCACCUGUACAGCUCACUGAUUACCUCGUUAUAUCUCGAUUGUUUCAUUUGUUCGCAAACAGAAAUGUAAAAACUUAAAACUAGCUGGAACUAUUUCUUGUCUAACAGCGUCGUAUUCAUCCGCCCAGCAAGUAGUUUCAGCAUGUUAGAAACACUCAAAUGAAACAAUCUAGAUUUAACAGUAAUUAAUGAGCUGUACAGGUGCUGUCCGAUGGAUUUUAAGCUAUUUGAACGAGUCGCUCUCAGGAAGAAAGAGAGAAAAAUAUCAGUCACUUUUUAAAGAUACUAAGAAGUCUUCAGAUGUUUUUUACCUCCUGUUUUGUUUUUUAACUUUACGUCUGUCGCUCCACGUUUUUAUUCACUGUCCUGAUUUAUAUUUCUUAUCUGUCUUCUGGUUCUCAGCCUCACCACAUAACUUAAUUAAUUAGUAAUCAUUUAUAACCUAAAACCUCAAAUAACAAAUAUGAAGGCUUUACUUUUAAUCAUUUAUGACAUCGGUUUUUAUAUUUUAUGGAUUAAACAAUUAAAUGUGUAAUUAAAAGUGUGUUUUUAAUCAGUUGAAGGGAGUCGAAUUUAUCACAAGAACACAGAAAAACAGGAAGAAUAUUUAGAUUAUUAUUUAAGUAAAAAAUGAGAAUAAAUUGAAUAAUGUAAGUUUGUUUGUUUGUAGAGAAAGUUUCCUACACAAGACUUAUAAAAAUUACUUAAUUACAGAAUUCAUUAAGACCUUUUUAAAAAUGUGAAUGAAGUUAAGAGCAGAGUUUAAAUACAGGAUCAUUAACAGACUAUAAACUCAGCCGGAAGAAAACCAAGAACAUGGCAUUUGAAUGUAGAAAAUUGUUGGGUUUUUUUUAUUAUUAAAGUUUUAAAUUAUUAUUUUUAAACAAAACUCAACUUUUGGACUCUGAAACUGAAGAAAGACACUCUAUGAGUCAGAAACACUGGAUACUACAUUUCCCAUGAUGCACGUGGGCAGGCUGAGAACCACAUGAUUUAAAAGUGACGUCACAAUGUGCACUAACUACUGUAUUACUGAUAUUGAUCGGAAGAAUCUGUCGUAUUAUUAUUAAAAACGCCAAAAUUUAAGGUUUUCUUUCUGUGAUGCCUUCAAUGACUCUCUGUAAAUCUGAACUAUUAUCAUUAUUAUAUUAAUUAAUCAUUUUUUCAUACUUUUUUUUGUCUAUUUCCUGUCAAAAAUAAACACAAAUCUGAUAUUUUACUAUGAAAAUUCAGUUCAGAAAACAGUGGCUCAACAUGAGGAAGUUCUUACAAUUACUAGAUGGAGUUUUUAAAAUUAUGACAGGACUUUUGUUUUGAAGGGUUAAACUUUAUUAAAUAUCUAAACUAAAACAGUCGAAGCUUUUUAACUGUUGGGGAAAUCAAGAAUAUUAUAAAGUCUUUGAAGUUCAUCGUCAAUGUAUCUGAGUUUUGUGUGAAGCCUUUAAGAAGUUAUUUAAUCUGUCACAUUGCUGACUUUAACAUGUGAUUGAUAACUGAUAUGUAAACUGUAAUGAUUAUAGAUUAGUGACGAGGUGUUUGUGUAUUCUGAGUUUUACAGGAGUUUAACUUUAACCAUCAUCUGUUUCAAUCUGUA